AUGCAACAGGAAACUAACAACACACAAUAUGUAUCAAAUAAUAAACACUCAGAGGAAUCUAGUCGAAAAAUACUGAGGCUGGUUGUUAAAUUGGUGCCGCCAUUGAAUUUCUCACUAGUAGAAAAUGGAAUCUAUCGAUCAGGGUUCCCAAUGCCUAUAAAUUACCCAUUCUUAAAGCAAUUGAGACUAAAAACUAUAAUAUAUUUGGGUGAUCUCGGUAAUCAGACCUCAAAGAAAGGCAAGAAAAAAGAUAAGCAUGGUACAGCAGAAAUAAUGAACAAUUAUCUAGAUUGGAUCAAGAAUGAUACCGAAAUCCGGUUCUACAACUUAUUAUUUGAAUCGUCACAAGAGCCAUUCAAUAAACCGGACGAUAUCCAACAAGCCACCCAGAGCUUGACUUUUGCAUUGCAGUUGAUUCUAAAUAAAGAAAACUAUCCCAUUUUGAUUCACUCAAAUAAAGGCAAACAUCGUACUGGUGUCUUGAUUGGAAUAAUGAGAAAGGUUUUACAGGGUUGGUGUCUAAGUGGAAUUUUUGAAGAAUACGAGAAAUUCGCCAUGGGGAAAUCAGAAUACGAUUUGGAAUUAAUUGAACUAUGGCAGCCAGAAUUGUACAUAGACGAUGCUAACAAGCCUGAUUUUGUUAGGAUAUAG